UUGAGCUUGAUUCAUCUCAUCCUAUCGCAAUUGAACAUCAUUGGACUUUCUUACUAAACCACCUACUAGCCACUCUAUCUCAACCACUCUCUAUCUCAACUGCUCUUAUCUUGACCACCUCUAUCCUUAUUAAAUCUCAACUGAAUAAUACUACUACACAGAGCACAAAACCCCCCGACACCCACCACAAAAUGCCCCCCGAAUCGGUAUCAAAACUUCAGCAGAUCCUCCAAAGAACCCACACCUUCCUAACCCACCUCACCACCCAAGCCCCCCUAACCCCAACACUCCUCUCGAACUUCAGCCCGGACAUUCGCAUCCACGAGCACGGGCUCCCCUCCCUUGCCCCGUUCCUGGGGAGGGAUUACAUCGGCCUCGACGCAGCGAAGGAGUACUUUGAGUGUAUGGGCUCUCACCUCCGGUACGAGGAGAUGCGGUUCGAGGAGGAGGCGGAUUGGGUGGUGGAUGUGGCGAGGGGGGUGGUGGUCGUGCGCGGCUGGGCGCGGUUUUUGGCACGGGGAAGUGGGCAGGGCUGGGAGGAGGGGUUUGUUUAUCGGUUACGGUUGGGGGCAGUUCAGGAGCAGGAUGUGGGGGAGGGGGAGGUGAAAGUGAAGGAGUAUUUAGUUUGGGCGGAUACGGGGGCGGCGUAUUUGGCUUUGAGGGGGGAGUUAAAAUGA